AUGGAUUACAAAUUGGAAGUCGAGACCAAUGGCAAUGAGACGACUGUCCAUUGGGAUAAAGAUCCCGAGGCUCCCUCUGUCAAGUACGGAAUGGGACUUCAAGUGGGACUCUUUAUUGGCUUUGUGGUCCUCGCUGCUGCCAUUGUGGUCCUCGUCUUUUUCAUUUGCAAACGACGAGAUCGACGGCUGAAAGCGCAAAAGAUGGCGGAACUGGACAAGGUUGCCGACUUUAAGGAUCACUUGGAGUGUAAACCGUGGUGUCACCCCGAUGAUCAAACCAGAGCUUUCCAAAAGGGCAGCACCAUUACCUUUAGCAGCGUUAUCCAUGGUUCCUUUUCAGCGCCUCCUAAUGCAGCUACUACUGGUAGUAAUCUUGCCAACAGCAGCAAAAACAGUACUUCCACCACCGACACCGUGAUUUCCAUGGAUGCCGCCGAAACAGCCGUGGUGGACAUUGAAGCUGUGGCGACAACAACAACAACAACCAAGCGUGACUCGGAUACUACUACCACUAUGGAGGAGGAAGAUCGUCGUGAUACCAUCAUGGAACUCCCCACCUUUGCGUCUUCUGCAAAGCAUCGCUAUCCGGCACCUCCCGUGGGUCGAUCCUUCCAUUCCCGCCACAAUGGCUUUUAUUGUGCCAUUUGUGUGGAAGGCUUUCAAGUGGGCGAUCCAAUCUACAACUCCAACAAUCCCAAUUGCCAGCAUCAGAUACAUGCUUCUUGUAUGGACAAGUGGAUUGAAUACCAGAACGUUUGCCCCGUCUGCAGUCAGCCAUUUGUAUUGUUAUAA